AUGGCUUUGUCUAUGGUUUCUGGUUCCAAUAGUUUCAACAUCUCUUUCCGCUCAUCCUAUUCAAUCUUUGCAAUUGGUUUUGUAUCUUAUUAUGUCAAUGUAGAUUGUGCUAAGCGUGAUCCUGAAGAUACUGAGGACAGUGAGAGGAACCUUUCUGAGCUAUUUUCUGAGGAGCUGAAACUUUGGAAAGUCAGAGACGUGCAGACAUGGCCUUACUCAGACAAAAAAAAGGUAUCAUCUCAGUAUCAGAAAGAAGCGGACAAAUGCAAUUCAGGAAUGGAAACUUGUGAAGAGGCUAGGGAGAAGGCUGAAGCAGUAUUGUUAGGUCAGAAGAAGUUGAGUGCAAUGUGGGAGCUGAGAGCUCGACAGAAGGGAUGGAAAGCCUGAACCCAAACCCAACCCAACCCAACCCAAAUCAUAUCUUCUCUAAUGUGUAUGGUGGCUUCUAUUUGAUUAUUAUAUUGAAGCAGUGAGUUGAUCUGGGUUAAUUUUUGCCCCUGUUCCUAAGUGUUUAUUUAAUAUAUUAGUUCCACUUGAGCACAUUUUGAUGAUGUCAAUUUUAUUAAAGUUUCAAUUUUACAUA